CUCCUCACCAGUAGCCCCCACAUCAGCUCGGAGGAGCGGAGCGGGGCGUGGACUCGGCCCGACACGACCGACCGACGGUUCCGUGCUCCUCUACACUUCAGGAGACGGCGACUUCUUUUUUUUUGGGGAAGGGAAAGAGAGAGAGAGGAAAAAAGGAAACCGAGAGGACUAAAUCGAUCGAUCGGCAGCCGGCUACAUGUUCCUGAUCUCGAACGAGACCGAAAGAGCAACUAGUCAAGACAGGCGGCCCGCGGCAUAACCAUGGAUGACAUCUUCACACAGUGCCGGGAGGGGAACUCCGUGGCCGUCCGGCUGUGGCUGGACAACACCGAGAACGACCUCAACUUGGGUGACGACCACGGCUUCAGCCCCCUCCACUGGGCGUGCAGGGAAGGGAGGAGCGGCGUCGUCGACAUGCUCAUCAUGAGAGGCGCUCGGAUCAACGUGAUGAAUCGGGGAGACGACACCCCGCUGCAUCUCGCCGCCAGUCACGGACACAGAGACAUCGUGGCGAAGCUGAUCCAGUGCAAGGCCGACCCCAACACAGUCAAUGAGCACGGGAACACGCCGCUCCACUACGCCUGCUUCUGGGGCCAAGACGAGGUGGCGGAGGACUUGGUGACCAGUGGUGCCCAGGUAUGUGUAUGUAACAGAUAUGGACAGACACCUCUGGACAAGGCCAAGCCUCACCUAAAACAGCUGCUGCAAGAAAAGGCGGAGAAAAUGGGCCAGAGUAUGACCAAAGUCCCCUAUAAGGAGACUUUCUGGAAGGGCACCAUGCGAACGCGACCUCGCAAUGGUACCCUCAACAAGCAGGCCGGUAUUGAUUAUAAGCAGCUCUCGCUCCUGGCAAAGAUCAAUGAGAAUCAGUCUGGAGAGUUAUGGCAGGGCCGGUGGCAAGGGGACGAGAUCAUCGUGAAGGUUCUGCAGGUGAGAGACUGGACCACCAGGAAGAGCAGAGACUUCAACGAGGAGCAUCCGAAACUCAGGAUCUUUUCUCAUCCAAACAUUCUGCCCGUGCUUGGAGCUUGUCAGGCACCUCCAUCCCCUCACCCCAUCAUCAUCACCCACUACAUGCCAUACGGAUCCCUCUUUAACAUACUCCACCAAGGCACCACUCUGGUGGUCGACCAAAGCCAAGCGGUGAAGUUUGCAUUGGACAUUGCCAGCGGCAUGGCCUUCCUCCACACCUUAGAGCCAAUGGUUUCACGGCUUUACCUCAACAGUAAACACGUCAUGAUCGAUGAGGACAUGACAGCCAGAAUAAGCAUGGCAGAUGCCAAGCUCUCCUUCCAGUGUCCUGGUCGAAUGUACUCUCCAGCAUGGAUGGCCCCUGAAGCCCUGCAGAAGAGGCCCGAAGACAUCAACAGAAGAUCUGCUGACAUGUGGAGCUUCGCGGUGUUACUGUGGGAGCUGGUUACCAGAGAGGUCCCGUUUGCUGACCUCUCACACAUGGAGAUAGGCAUGAAGGUGGCUCUUGAAGGCCUUCGGCCGACCAUCCCGCCGGGGAUUUCACCUCACAUCUGCAAGCUGAUGAGGCUCUGCAUGAACGAGGACCCAGCAAAGAGACCCAAGUUCGACAUGAUCGUCCCCAUCCUGGAGAAGAUGCAAGACAAGUGAAUGCCCUCACAGCAAUUUGUACACUCCUCUUACUAUGCUUUUUUUUUUUUUUUAAAUCAUCGAACCACUUGUUAUCCUCACUUCAUUCAUGUAUCCGCUAAGCCACUGUACAUAAUGUCAGAGACCACUUCAGCCACACAGUUCAAACAAGAAGUAUUAUAUUGCUUUUAUUGUGUAAUUUAAAUUUGAGGUAUAAAUGUUCUUAAGCCUGACUCUGAUGCUCUUUUAUUAUGGCUGAAUUAUGAUCACUGAGGUAUCAGUUAGCGAACAUGUGGAUCCGGUGUGGAUUAUGUUCAGUGAUGUGUCAGAAAACAGAUCCAAAGAAAUGUGUAUAAAAAAACGAUGCUUUUAUACACAUUAAUGCAAUAAAUGUUUUAUAUUUAUGAAGAAGGA